CAGACCAGCUAGCUGAUGAUUGACACAGACAGUAGUAAAUCCAUUCAGGACAUCUUCACAUCACUUUGCAAGUUUGGUUGAAGGUUACUGAUUUUAAACUACGAUAUUUGCUCCAAACCAGUUGUUACCACAUUGGAAGACUCCUGCCAGGACUAUUAUGGCUUGCAAAUCCGAUGACAUCAGCUCGAUGAAGGGCCACGCCUUCACUGACCAUAUCUUUCAUCACUAUUCAGAAAUUAAUACAGACAGGAUCUACAUGGAUUACAAUGCUACCACGCCACUGGAGCCAGAGGUGAUUCAGGCUAUUUCUGAAGCCCUCCAGGACGCCUGGGGAAACCCUAGUAGCAACUAUAUAGCAGGUGCCAAGGCCAAGGCUAUCAUUAAUCAGUCCAGAGAGAAUGUGGCAAGAAUGGUUGGAGGUAAAGCAGAGGACGUUAUUUUCACGUCAGGUGGGACAGAGGCCAAUAACCUGGUGCUGCACACUGCUGUAGAGCACUUCAGGAAAAGCUGCAGGGCUGCAGAACAACACGAAGGACACCAGAACGGAUGCAGUGGCCGACCUCACAUUAUCACCUCUAAUGUGGAACAUGACUCCAUCAAACUUGUAGCUGAGCACUUACAGAUGGAUGGCAAAGCAGAUGUCACCUUUGUGCCGGUGUCUAAGGUGACAGCCCGUGUAGAGGUGGACGAUGUCAUUGCUGCAGUGCGUCCCAACACUUGUCUCAUCUCUGUAAUGCUGGCCAACAAUGAGACUGGAGUCAUCAUGCCAGUGCGAGAGAUCUGCCAAAGAAUAAAGUCUCUCAAUAAGCGGCAUGAGCGGCUCAGGAUCCUGCUCCACACUGAUGCUGCCCAGGCUCUGGGGAAAAUCCGAGUUGAUGCCAGUGAACUAGGAGUGGAUUACCUCACUAUAGUGGGACACAAGUUCUACGCCCCUCGGAUUGGUGCUUUGUACGUGAACAGUCCUGGAACAAAGACACCGUUACAUCCGAUGCUGUUUGGAGGAGGACAGGAGAGGAACUUCAGACCAGGCACUGAGAACACGCCAAUGAUUGCUGGUCUGGGAAAGGCUGCAGAACUGGUGACAUCUCAUCUGUCAGAAUAUGAGAGUCAUAUGCAAAGCACUAAACUGUACUUGGAAGAACAACUGCGGGCUGUCUUCAAAGACAAGAUCCACUUCAACAGCCAUUACCCCGGCUCUGAUAUCCUCCCUAACACAUGUAACGUGUCCAUCCUGGGCCCAACAUUACAAGGCUGGAGGGUAUUGUCCAACUGUAGGAGGCUACUGGCCAGCGUCGGCGCCGCCUGCCACUCAGACAGUGGAAACCGGCCUUCUCAUAUCCUCCUGAGCUGUGGCGUCCCCUCAGAGGUGGCGGCUAAUGCUCUGAGAUUGAGCGUGGGCAGGGGGACGACCGAAGCAGAUGUGGACGCAGUUGUGGAGGAUCUGAGGGAAACCGUGCAGCUGCUGGAAGAAAUGAACUGACGGCUUUCAUUUGCACGGAGUAAAGUCAUCCUGUGGGUCAAAUAAGGAUGUACAGAACCAAAACAUGCACCAUCUGUGUUUUCUCUCAUAUGAACUGAUCAUGUAAAAUGGAUGAAAAAUUUAAAAAAGACGAGGUGACCUGAGGGGUGAUGUUAUGGAGAGAUGAAUAUACUCGGCUUCCAUCGCGUCAUGUGAGUAGCCCAUCAGCUAAUUGAAGAGAGGGGCACAUGUAUUAUGAGUGUUAUUGACAUCAAAUAUGUAUUGUGAUUUUCUCUAAUUAGCCGUGAAAUAUUUGACAUGGAUUCUAAUAUUCCACACGUAUCAUGUGUUUAGUCACCUGCACUCUGAUUAAUCUUUAAAACAGUUGUAAAAAAUAACACUCUUUGUAAUCCACCAUG